GGUCCGUCUAGCCCAGUAUUGACUUCUCUAACUGGCAGCAAGUCUCCAAAUCUUCAGCAGAGGACUUUCUCAGCCUUAUAUAUUGGGGCAUGGUGGCUGAGGCUGGAACAACUGGAGGUACAAUGUAGUGCCUCCUUCCACGAGAUCCUGUCAAGAUGGUUUAGAUCCAGCAGAGAACGUAUGUUUUCUUAAGAUUGUGUUUGAAAAAAGAAACACUCCACUGACAGAUGUAGAAUUGGUUUUAAGGACAUUGUCGGGUGAGGAAAGCAACUGGAUACUGAUGACAAUGGAGUAUUGUGUCCUAUGGGUUUUCUUGAGCAGUCGUGAAUGCUGGACAUCCCCUUUGUGAGAUGGAAGAUUCCACAAGAGCCUUAAAGACUUGAGAAUUAUCCUGGGAUCAAAAGAUCAAGCUGCUAUUCUUUGUAGUAGUGGCAGAGGCUACUAGAAGAUUUCCCCUCUGCUUUCCGGCCUAAGGAAAUCAGUGUAGGCAACUGAAGAAACAAGUCCUAUUCCAGUUUAUCCACCUGCACUGAUUCUUCAAGGUGGAGUCUUGGAAGGGGGAGGGGGGUGCCAAGAGACCCCCCUCCCCCAGGAGAGUUCUUUAGGCUGGCCACCCUACAUCUGUGGAGAGCUGACACCUGCCAGGUCAGUGGUGGUAGCCUAAUGCCCAUUGGACGGGAGAGCACAAGAAGAAACCGUGGCGGCCUGUGCCUGUGAAGGAUGCUGAAGAAAAGCAACCUGGUUCUCUGGGGCGUGGUGCUUUUCGUGGCCUGGAACGCCCUCAUUCUCCUCUUCCUGUGGACUCGGCCACAGUCUUUCUCUGACCAUAGCCGCCUCACUGAAGAGGUGAUCCGACUGGCCCAAGACGCUGAGGUGGAACUGGAGCGCCAGAAGGACCUCUUGCACCAGAUCCACCGCUACAGUGCCCUUUGGAGCAGGAGGAAGGCGAAUGAGGCGAAAAGUCUCCACCUCUCGGCUGCAGCAUCCGCCCGGCCUUCCACAGCUGCUCCCUUGUCCCGCCGCAGUCAAAUCUCACCGGAUGCUGUUUUGCCAGUGGUGGUGAUUGCCUGUGACCGCAGCACAGUCCGCCGUUGCCUAGACAAGCUGUUGCAUUACCGCCCCUCAAAGGAGCGGUUCCCCAUCAUUGUGAGCCAGGACUGUGGACACGAGGAGACGGCCAGGGUCAUUGCUUCUUACGGCGAUGCCAUCAUGCACAUCAAGCAGCCCAACCUGAGUGAUAUCCCUGUGCCCACUGAUCACCGCAAGUUCCAGGGCUACUACAAGAUUGCCCGACACUAUCGCUGGGCCCUGAGCCAGGUCUUCCGGACCUUUAAGUACCAAGCAGCCAUUGUGGUGGAAGAUGACCUGGAAGUAGCUCCAGAUUUCUUUGAAUACUUCCAGGCAGCCUUUCCACUCCUGCUAGCGGACCCAACUCUCUGGUGCAUCUCUGCCUGGAAUGAUAACGGCAAGGAACAGAUGGUAGAUGCUGCCCACCCGGAGCUUCUCUACCGUACGGAUUUUUUCCCUGGGCUGGGCUGGCUUCUGGUCUCCGACCUGUGGGAUGAGCUGGAGCCCAAGUGGCCCAAGGCCUUCUGGGAUGAUUGGAUGCGACAGCCUGAACAGCGGCAGCGCCGUUCAUGCAUCAGGCCCGAAGUGUCGCGCACUAUGACUUUUGGCCGCAAGGGUGUGAGCCACGGUCAGUUCUUUGACCAGUACCUGAAGUUCAUCAAGCUCAAUGACCGCUUCGUGCCUUUCACCCAGAUGGACCUUUCUUACCUCAAGAAGGAUGAGUACGAGCGCUCAUUCCUGGCCCAAGUCUACAGUGUCCCUGAGCUGCGGGUGGAAGAGCUUCAGGGCAACCAGCGCCGGGAGUUGGGCACUGUCCGCGUGCAGUAUACCACUCGCGACUCCUUCAAGGCCUUUGCAAAAGCCUUGGGGGUCAUGGACGACCUCAAAUCAGGAGUGCCCCGUGCCGGCUACCAGGGCAUCGUCAGCUUCCUUUACCGAGGCCGCCGUGUUUACUUAGCGCCUCCUUCUGACUGGACAGGUUAUGAUCCCAGCUGGAGUUAGCAACUGAUGAUCCUUCAGCAUGUUGGACCCUA